UAAUUAUUGUUAGCUUAUAUAUGUGUGCAUUCAAGACCUUCAUCAUUGCAUUGCACGAUAUUAUUAUUUAAUUUAUUUAAUUAUGAUAUGUACAAAAUUGUUAUGUAAUUUGUAGCUGUAGCUAAUUAAGCUCUAAUAAUCUCCAAGAGAUAAUUUCGUACGUACAAUCUGAUCUUAGAUCUCUGAUUUCCUCCUGUGCCAACCACACAUGGUUCUCUCUCUUUCCUCUCUGUCUUUCUCUUGAGCAUAUUUUCAUUAUUGUUUAGUCACACAGCAGUGAUUUCUUGUCUUUCUUUUUCCACUAAAUUUGGUUUUUUGUUUUUGGUUUUUUUUAAUGAUAAAAUAAAUAACUUUUUCCACUUUAAUUUUGUAACAGUACAUAUAACCUUCUUCUCUCUUUCGCUUCUUCCUUACACCUCUUUCAAUUUGGUGAUUUUGUUCAAUAUCCACCUCCAUUAACUUUUUGGUUUUCUCUCUCUCUCUCUCUCUCUCUCUCUCUCUCUCUCUCUCUCUCUCUCUCUCUCUCUCUCUCUCUCUCUCUUAUAUAUAAAAUCCAAAAAGCACCCAUCGAUACAUAAAUCUCUACCAAAACCACAUCACUCACGCCCAGUUAUUUUUAUAUCCCUCAUCCUUUACCAUCAUCAUGAGUAGAGAUCCCUAUUCAAAUUUCAUGAAUGGUUGGUUGAAUCUCAACCAAAUUCACAAUCAUCACAACUUGAUAUCUUCUCCUUAUUAUGAUUACUUGAAUAAUAGUAGUAAUUAUAAUACUAAUACCACCACCACCACCACUAACAUCUGCUUUAAUAUUCAAAAUACCUCUUUAUUAUCAUCAUCAUCACCUCCCUCACCUCCUCUCAAAGAGGCUCUCCCUCUCCUAAGCCUAAGCCCCACAAGAUCAUCACCACAACAUGAUCAUGAUGAAUAUGGUGAUGAUGAUGAUGAUGAGGAGGAGGAGGAGGAGGAAGAUGUUGAUGUUAAUGAGCACAAUAAGAAAAAGGUAGAGAAGAAAUUAUUAGAGGAUGAAAACAGCUUCUUAUCAUCAUCAUUAUAUGAUAAUGAUCAAAGUGUAACCGUGGCUUUGCAUUUAGGGCUUCCAAACCCUAGUUCAGCUUACUCAUCAGCUCAUGAUUUGACCUCGAGGCUUUCUUCCACAGAGAUCUCUGAUAAUAAUAUUAACAAAGGAGUUAUUAUUAGAGAAGGAACAGAAGAAGCAGAAGAAGAAGAAGAAGAAGAUCAUCAUCAUGUAUCAUCGUCAUCAUCUGGCUACCAUUCAAACAGAUCAUCAUCGUCAUCAGUGCUCAAUAACGGCCAGUAUUGGAUCCCUACACCUUCUCAGAUUUUGAUCGGUCCAACCCAGUUCUCUUGCCCUCUUUGCUUUAAGACCUUCAACAGAUAUAAUAACAUGCAGAUGCACAUGUGGGGGCAUGGAUCACAGUACAGAAAGGGUCCUGAAUCACUAAGAGGAACACAACCAACAGCAAUGCUAAGGCUACCAUGCUUCUGUUGCUCACCAGGUUGUAGAAACAACAUAGACCAUCCAAGGUCAAGGCCACUCAAAGACUUUCGAACCCUCCAAACUCAUUACAAACGGAAGCAUGGCAUCAAGCCCUUCAUGUGCCGAAAAUGUGGCAAGGCCUUUGCUGUGAGAGGUGACUGGAGAACCCAUGAAAAGAACUGUGGCAAGCUCUGGUAUUGCACUUGUGGCUCUGAUUUCAAGCACAAGAGAUCUCUUAAAGACCAUGUUAAGGCCUUUGGCAAUGCCCAUGCACCUUAUGGUGUUGACUCUUUUGACCAAGACGAUGAUGAUAUUCUUGAUCACCCUCCACCUAGCAAUGACACUACUUAACCACCCUUUUAUAAUAAUUAAUUUGUUAGACUUAACUAGAAGAAUUAAAUCUCAUCAUGCAUGGGAUAAUCACUAUUCUUCUUUAAUUUCUUAAUUGACUAAUUGUUAAUUAAUUUUCUUUAUAUCAUGACCUUAACAUAUAUUUUUUUGUUAGUCAUAUAUAUCCGGGAUUUAAUUAAUUUUCUUUAUUACAGGU